AUGUCAGACACAGUGCAGGCGUCGACAGAGCUAUCAACUCUACAAACCAGGCUAGAGGUGCUGAAUGCGUUGAUUGAGCGACUACGAAGUCUACGCAGCAUACCCGCACACUUGAUCCGUCUGCCACAGUCGCGCCUCCAGUCGUUCGCCCCGCUGGAAGGUCCACACUUCUUGCCUCAAGCCUUCCGAGAAUUGAAAGAGACAGUCGAAUGUGUACGCUCCGAGAAGGUUCAAGAGGCCCUUGUUACGGCGCGGGAUAGUGAGCAGAAGGACAAGAGCGACCUAAGGCUGGGCAGACCACGGGUGAAUCGCAAGCGAAAGCGCGCACCUUCGCCAGAAUCACCCCGGUCGUAUGCGCCCCUGCAGCCACAGCGGACGUCGCUGUUUCCUGCUGAUCUUGCAACACCCCCAGUCCUCCCGGACCAGCUGGUCGAGUUGCUCAAAGGGUAUAAUAAAGAGCACGAACAUGUCAAGCUGCACAUCCUGGCAAAGCGGCCCGCCCUCGUCUUGCCAGUUGUAGUGCGCUAUACGAUCCGCGAUGUGGCCAUCAUCUACUUGACUCUAAAUUCAGACGGCACUCAACUGAUUGUGGAGAAUGCAACCGCGUUUGGUCCUCGCGAACAGAAGCCGAAUUACUCCCAGUCCGACUUCAAUGUGUACCAAAGGCUAUCGCAGCAGAUCACGAAGACGAUACAAUCUGACCCGCAAGUGUCCUUGCGUCAAGUCUUGGACCUGCUCGCUACUUAUGUUGAUCUGUUCAAGCAGAAAUGUCAGUCGUGCGGGCGGAUACUGUCAGCGGAAGCACAUCUCCCCCCUGUAGCGCGUGUAUGGUCCGCGCGAAGGUCGGAUGAAAAGCCGCCUGGUUGGGAGCCCUGGCACCCAAUGUGCCUACAGCGAUAGUGUGGACACGCUUUAUCUUGCCACAGGUUGAGGCCGCCUCCUAUCGUUGCCAUAUCUCGUUGCGCAGACAUGGCCUUGUCGGCGUUACUGCAUCGUGCCGCUUACUUUCUCCAGCACCUUCAAGACACCUCGCUGACUGACCUAACAUCCCCCAGCUUCCGUCACAUUGCAUCACUCUCUUGUAUGUAAACUCGUGGGUACAUUGCAAAUGGAAUCGACCAGUUGUCCCUCGUUCGCCGC